AUGCUCCUCAUCGACGAGAAUUCGGCGGUUAUUCAAGGUUUUGUUAAUGUGAACCGUCAAUUCAUGUUCAAGCAAUGUCUCAUCGAAAGAUCAGUCUACAGGUUGAGAAGGCUCGAUGUAACGCGCAGCAACCCCAAUUUCCGGAUGUUGGAUGCCUCUUUCUCCAUUUGGUUCAAUAAUGGAACUUCUUUAGUUAAGAAAACAACAUUUAUUAGGUCUAUACCUACUGAACUUUUCAGAUUCCUAACCUGGUCUGAAGUAUAA